AUGUGGUUUCCCAUCUUCAUCCUCUCCCUCUUCCUCACUUUCUUGUUCAAAUCCCUUCUGUCUCCCUCUAAACCCUACACCAAACUCGACGAACCUAUUUUACCGCCAGGACCUACCUCGAUUCCCAUAAUCGGAAAUUUCAUAUGGCUCCACAAACUAGCUUCUGGAAUCGAACCCAUACUUGCUGGCCUCCACGCCAAGUAUGGCCCUGUUGUCUCCAUCCCCAUCCCCAUCCCCUUCAGCUCUCACCCCGCCGUUUUCAUCAACGACCACUCACUCGCCCACCAAGCUUUGGUUCAAAACGGCGCCGUCUGUGCGGACCGUCCUCCUCCCCAGCCUAUCACCAAGCUCAUCACUAAUGACAACCGUGUCAUCUUCAGCAGCGGCUACGGCGCAACAUGGCGUCUCCUCCGUCGAAACCUCAUGUCCGAGGUUCUAAACACCUCUCGGCUCAAGUCCUCCGCUUCUUCCCGGAAAUGGGCUUUAGACAUCCUCCUCAACCGUCUCGAUCAGUCAGUAUCAUUAAACGGAGGGGUCGUGGAAGUUUUAGAACACUUCCGGAUCUCCUUUACUUCUUUGUUGGUGUAUAUGGCUUUUGGUGUGAAGGUGGAGGAUGAGGCGAAGAUGAAAGAGAUCAUCCAUGUUCAGCGUCGCUAUAUCUUCGGCUUGGUUAGAGGUUUCCAAACCCUAAACUUGGGACCGAGAUGGUUGAACAAGAUUUUGUUCCGCAAGGGUUGGAAUCAGUUCUAUGAAAUUCGAAAGCAACAAAAGCUCCUCCUGCUCCCUUUCAUACAAGCACGAAAGAAGGUUAAACAAGAAACGGUAGAUAAGAAAAACGAUGGUUCCAUGAUACCUUAUGUUGAUACGUUAAUGGAUUUGGAAGACCCCCGAGAGAACAGAGCCUUCAAUGAUGGAGAACUAGUGGAUCAAUGCUCGGAGAUUGUGAACUCUGGCACGGACACCAUGUCAGUAACAUUGCAGUGGACUAUGGCGAAUGUAGUGAAGUAUCCAUGUGUUCAGAAGAGGCUUGUUGAAGAGAUUAAACGGGUUGUGGGGGUUGGCAACGAAGAGGUGAAAGAGGAGGAUCUUCCGAAGAUGCACUACUUGAAAGCGGUGGUGACGGAGGCUCUAAGGCUUCACCCACCAGGCCACUUUUUGGUUCCACAUUCAGUUCGUGAGGAUAUUGUUCUGGAUGGACGUUAUCUGCUGCAAAAGAACUGUAUGGUGAAUUUCAUGGUUGCAGAAAUGGGAAGGGACCCGAAUGUUUGGGAUGAAGCCCUGGAAUUUAAGCCUGAGAGGUUUAUGAGUGAUGGAGAUAAUGUGCAGUGCGACAUUACAGGGAGUAAAGAGAUUAAGAUGAUCCCGUUCGGGGCUGGGAGGAGGAUAUGUCCGGGGUGGAGUCUGUCCUUGAUUCUUUUGGAGUAUUUGGUGGCAAAUUUGAUUUGGAAGUACGAGUGGGAAGCUGUGGAUGGAGUUGGUGUUGAUUUGACAGAGAAGCAAGAGGCUACCUGGGUGAUGAAGAAUCCAUUGCAGGCACAUAUAUCUCCCAGGUUGAACAAGUAAUUAAACAGGAAUUAUCAGUCGUUUUUGUCUGUAAUAAAUCAUACCCUUCAAUAUGAAGCAUGUCAUGAAUAGAUGGUAGUCAAAAAUUGCUUUUGGACCCUAAUUAG